AUGCCCGCAAAGAGGGACAACGGCCACGACUCAGAAGCGACUAACGAGCCACCUACUUCACCUUCGUCUUCGGAAAGUGAGCAACGAGAGCAGACGCCAGUAGACUCCAGACAGCGGCGAUCCCAGGCUCCUUCCCCAAGCCCGAGCAUCGGCGGGGGCGCGACCACUGGAACUGAACAGACCAACGUACACGGCGGUGCCUCUGAUUCUGAAGCUACUGAAUCCGACCAUGGCAACAGGCCAUCAACCACCCCCACUCAGCGUUCUCCCUCGUACUUGGACAACAACCCGCCAUCCUCUCCGGCCUCCUCGGAAGCUACGGAACCCUCUACUGGUAAUGAGCAACCCGCCAACACCCCACCCCGAGGAUCUCGUGAUUCAACCGGUGAUUGCGAGUCUCAGCCCCCCGAUAGGCGAGCCUGA